GCCUUCGUUGUGCUUUGUUGACUUUUUGCUCUGAAUUUCUUAGUAUUUGGAGUUUACUCUCAUUUCUUCUAAAUUUUGUUCUGUUGAUUUUUUAAAAGCGUAAGCUGUAUUUGGAGUAACGAUGGUCCUAAUCGGCUCCCACACUAGCCAUUUUUGUGUCCUUUUAUUUUGAAACCAGACAUUUUCAUCAAGGAUCCUGAUUGUGACAUGGAUUCGCAUGGGCCAAAUGGAAAAGAAGACCAGGAUGCUUUGCCCCCACCACCUCCAGUCUCAUCAGAUGGUGUACCCAUCAAAGCUGAACUGGAGCAAAUUAAGAAAAAGAUUUCCAGGCUUCCAAUAGCAAGGCGUGGUCUUGGGACAAGGGGGAUGAAGAUACAACUUCUCACCAAUCACUUCAAAGUCAAUGUUGCAAACAAUGAUGGCCACUUUUAUCAGUAUAGUGUAGCCGUUUCUUAUGAAGAUGGGCGACCUGUGGAAGGAAAGGGUGUAGGGAGGAAAGUGAUAGAUAGGGUGCAAGAAACUUAUGAUUCUGAGUUGAAUGGGAAGGAUUUUGCUUACGACGGUGAAAAGACUUUGUUUACCAUUGGCUCCCUUGCACGCAACAAACUUGAAUUUACAGUUGUUCUGGAAGAUGUUACUUCUAACAGAAAUAACGGAAACUGCAGCCCUGAUGGUCAUGGAAGUCCAAAUGAGAAUGAUAGGAAAAGGAUACGACGGCCUUAUCGAUCUAAGACAUUCAAAGUUGAGAUUAGCUUUGCUUCCAAAAUUCCAUUGCAGGCAAUUGCCAAUGCUCUACGUGGGCAGGAGUCGGAGCAUUUUCAAGAAGCCAUAAGAGUGUUGGAUAUUAUUUUAAGGCAACAUGCUGCUAAGCAAGGCUGCUUGCUUGUGCGUCAAUCAUUCUUCCACAAUGAUCCUAGGAAUUUUACUGACGUAGGAGGAGGAGUGCUUGGCUGUAGAGGAUUUCAUUCUAGUUUUAGAACUACACAGAGUGGCUUGUCUCUGAACAUAGAUGUCUCAACCACCAUGAUAAUUCAACCUGGGCCUGUGGUGGACUUCCUGAUUUCCAAUCAAAAUGUGAGGGAUCCCUAUUCUCUUGACUGGGUGAAGGCCAAGAGGACCCUGAAAAAUCUGAGGAUUAAAACAAGCCCAUCCAAUCAAGAGUACAAAAUUACUGGGCUCAGCGAACUCCCCUGCAAAGAACAAACGUUUACACUGAAGAGCAAAGGUGGAACGGAUGGUGGCGACGCUCCCGAGGAAGUGACAGUCUAUGAUUAUUUUGUUAAUCAUCGUAAGAUAGAUCUUCGCUAUUCAGCUGAUCUUCCCUGUAUCAAUGUUGGGAAGCCUAAACGUCCAACUUAUUUCCCCCUUGAGCUUUGCUCUUUGGUAUCCCUGCAACGUUAUACAAAAUCAUUAUCUACCCUUCAAAGGGCUUCAUUGGUGGAGAAGUCCAGGCAGAAGCCACAGGAGAGAAUGAAGGUCUUGUCUGAGGCUCUUAGAAGUAGCAAUUAUGGAUCUGAACCCAUGCUGCGUAAUUGUGGAAUUUCUAUAAACUCUGGGUUUACUGAAGUUGAGGGUCGUGUUUUGCAAGCUCCAAGGUUGAAGUUUGGCAACGGGGAAGAUUUCAAUCCAAGGAAUGGGAGAUGGAAUUUUAAUAACAAGAAAAUAGUGAAGCCAACCAAGAUAGAAAGAUGGGCUGUGGUUAACUUUUCUGCUCGCUGUGAUGCUCGAGGACUUGUGCGUGAUCUGAUUAAAUGUGGCAAUAUGAAAGGAAUUAUGAUAGAACAACCUUUUGACAUAUUUGAAGAGAGUGGUCAGUUUAGGCGUGCCCCACCAUUGGUUAGAGUGGAGAAGAUGUUUGAAUACAUUCAGUCUAAACUUCCUGGGGCGCCCCAAUUUCUUCUUUGUCUGCUUCCUGAACGGAAAAAUUCUGAUCUUUAUGGUCCGUGGAAGAAAAAGAAUCUUGCUGAAUUUGGAAUUGUUACUCAGUGCAUAGCCCCUACAAGGGUCAAUGACCAAUAUUUAACUAAUGUACUGCUGAAGAUCAAUGCAAAGCUUGGUGGCCUGAAUUCAUUGUUAGGUGUUGAACUUUCUCCUUCCAUUCCUGUUGUUUCCAAAACUCCCACCCUAAUUCUUGGUAUGGAUGUAUCCCAUGGCUCUCCUGGGCAAUCAGAUAUUCCUUCAAUUGCAGCGGUGGUCAGCUCUAGGGAAUGGCCUCUAAUAUCAAAGUACAGGGCAUGUGUCCGUACCCAGUCUCCUAAGGUUGAAAUGAUUGAUAAUUUGUUCAAGAAAGUGUCAGAGAAGGAGGAUGAAGGAAUAAUAAGGGAACUUCUGAUUGAUUUCUAUUCAAGUUCUGGAAAUAGAAAACCGGAAAAUAUAAUCAUAUUCAGGGAUGGUGUUAGUGAGUCACAGUUCAACCAAGUCCUAAACAUUGAACUUAAUCAAAUUAUUGAGGCCUGUAAAUAUCUUGAUGAAAAUUGGCAUCCCAAGUUUUUGGUAAUUGUUGCUCAAAAGAACCAUCAUACCAAAUUCUUCCAGCCUGGAUCUCCUGAAAACGUUCCUCCCGGAACUGUAAUCGAUAAUAAAAUUUGCCAUCCUCGAAAUUAUGAUUUCUACCUAUGUGCACAUGCUGGAAUGAUAGGUACAAGCAGGCCUACACACUAUCACGUUCUGUUGGAUGAGAUUGGUUUUUCUCCUGAUGAUCUACAGGAACUUGUCCAUUCCUUAUCAUAUGUGUAUCAGAGGAGCACCACUGCCAUUUCUGUAGUUGCCCCAAUUUGCUAUGCUCACUUGGCUGCAACUCAGAUGGGACAGUUUAUGAAAUUUGAGGAAAAAUCGGAGACAUCUUCCAGUCAUGGUGGGUUGACUGCUCCUGGUGCUCCUCCUGUUCCUCAGUUACCUAAGUUGCAGGAGAAGGUCUGCAACUCAAUGUUCUUUUGUUGAGGCCUAUGAGUUGCCAUCUAGUACAACGUUGUUCAUAAUCGUAUAUCGAUGUAGGGAAACUAGUUUCUAGUUGAAGUUGAAGUUGAAGCCAGUAGCCUUAAACCAGGUUCGCCGCAGGUUUGGUGGAACAGACUACACAUGUAAAAAUCAUUUUGCACUAGUCUUUACAUGUGUUUCAGUCUUUUUUAACUAUUUUGAUGAUUGGGAAGCAUGUUUUGUCUCUGGCUUUUAUACGUUUAUACUUUCUUGUUAAUGUUUGAUGUGGUUAAUGUGAAUAUUUGGUUGGUUGAUUCGGAAUCCUAGAGUGGUGAACUGGUUCAGGAUUUUGUUGGUUACACGAAAUUAUAGUUCCUAUAAGCUUUUUAUAUGACGCGCUACGUUUACGUG